AGGAGCUCUGGAGAUCCACGGCGGAUUGUCUGAACACACGGAGCUGAUCUUCAGUUCAGUCUGUGAUCUGUGCGCGCGCGUGUGUUUGGGAUGUUGGAUCAUCAGUGUGUAUCUCCAGUCAUCGAGGUCUUUAUUCCGUCUCUCAUGAGGGAAGUGGACGAGACGGGAAAGUUGCGCAAACUCUUCAGGGUGGAGAUUCUCUUCAAUGGAAGGAAACACUUUGUUUUACGGCGAUACAGUGAAUUUCAGACGCUUCACAGGAAGCUGAAGAAGAUUCUGCGCGCUCCCGAUUUCCCUAGUAAGAGAAACCAGCACCUGCGAACCAAACCGCUGGAGCAAAGACAACAGGAACUGGAGGACUACAUGCAGGUGAUUCUGUAUCAGAAUGAUUUUGUUCCUCAAGAGCUCCUGGACUUCCUGGAGGUCAAACAUUUUCAUUCAGCGAGCAAGAACUGCAGCUCUGAUGAAAACCAGUCAGAUGACUGUCAAGAGCAAGGAUAUAGAUUUCAGUCAUUCCAUCAGCGAGUAGUUGGUUUCUCAACUGACCCUUACCAGCAUGAAUCUAGAUCAGAUCUCCCUGAUAUCGUGACGGCCGGUGUGCUGCAGGGUUUCUAUCCUAGAGAUGUCAAAGUGAGCUUCAAAAAGAGCAGUGGUAAACCCAGCGGCCUCGCCUGUGCACCAGAGCUGCCCGUGCAUCCGAGAAUCCCCACUAUUACCAUAAACAGAAGCGACAUCAGCUCAGAGUCACAGAGAAUAUAAGUGCAAUCACUGCAGUGUUGCCUAGCAACUGCUUUAAACGUGCCUUUGCAUGUUUAUAUCGACUGAAUCUUUCAUCUUUAUGUAAAUCUUACAAAACGGUCAAGGUCAUUUUCCAACCUUAAAAUAAAAGAAAAUAUA